CAGCUUGGCCUCGCGACGGCGUGUAUCUCUCUGCGGGUUCAUCGGUGCAAGUGGAGAUCGCGCUGAGCGGUGGGGCGCGAUUAGAUUGGUCCGAUCAGCAACGUCGCCUCUUUUGUUCGCCAUGCAUGCGUACGGCACAGAGCCGCGCGCGUGCAUUUCACCAAACAAAACCGACAAGAAGCUGACAACAGCCGGGCGCGCUCUUCGCACAAACAGCUGCAUGCAGACGGCUCGAGAGCAGAAGGUCGGAAGGGCUCUGGCGAACACUGUACUCAACGAGCAUACCUUCAUCUCCGUGUUUAUUUCAGAGACAACGAAGAUUUCUGGCAUCGCGACUCGGCGCACUUUCCACCUUGGCGCCCUCCAUGGGCUCCCACACAGAAUCGAGUUCAGUGUCUCAAGGUGAUGCUGGCAACAAGUCUGCUCCGGUGUCGAGAAAAGAGAAGUGGAAGCAUGCAAUCAAGGAGUACGGUAGUGCAAUGGUGGCGUUCCACGUCGUGUUGUCAUUUACAUCCUUCGGCAUCUGCUACGUGCUUGUUUCGAGUGGUGUAGACUUGACGGCAGUUGCAGAGAAGCUUGGUUUCAGCAUGGACUCGCAGUGGGUGAACUCAAAGAUGGCUGGUGGAAGUGGUACACUUGUACUUGCGUACGCGGUGCACAAACUAUUUACCCCCGUGCGCAUGGGCAUUACUUUGUCUACAACGCCGAUCCUCGUGCGGUGGUUGCGGCGCAAUGGCAUUUGGGGCUUCAGAUAUUGAGUGGACAUUAGCGCUUACCCAUGUCCGAAAUUUAUGUAUGUAGAUAUUCGCAAGUCGCAAGUUCUUGUUAAACAGCUGUACCUUAAGUUGAAUAAAAUGGCCGAUUUGAGCUGA